AUGUCGGAUUCUACAACUUUUGUAGGAGCGCUCACACCUAAAUUUUAUGUAGCCCUUACCGGCACCUCUUCACUCAUCUCGGGACUUAUUUUAAUAUUCGAGUGGUGGUAUUUCCGAAAGUAUGGCACUUCUUUUAUCGAGCAGGUGUCACUGGCUCACUUGGGUCCGUGGCUGGGCGGUGGAGCUAGUGCUUCAGAUGGGGACGAGAGCGAGACGGGUGCGGGAGCAGCGGGCGCGGGCGCGGGAGCGGGGCCCGGGGCAGGGCCGGGCGCGGGGGCGGGGGGCGCGCCGCCCGGGCCCGCGCCCGCCGAGUGCAAGGUGUGGCGCAACCCCAUGUCGCUGCUGCGUGGCGCGGAGUAUGGCCGCCUGUGGACCGUAGCCCGUCGCGCGCCACUCACUUACUACGACAUGAAUCUCUCCGCGCAAGAGCAUCAAGCUUGGUUCGGUGUGGGCGAAGGGGAGGGCGAGGGCGAGGGCGACGAGGCGGAGGCGUGCAUGGCGCGCGCGUGGCGCGAGCGCGAGCCCGGCGCCCGCCUGGCCGCCGCGCGCGCCGCACUAGCCGCGCGCCCCGACUGCGCUCCUGCGCUGCUGCUGCUGGCCGAGGAGGACGCGCCCACCGUGCUCGAGGCUGAGCGCGUGCUGCGGCGCGCGUGGCGCGCGGGCGAGGCGGCGUGGCGCGCGCGGGGCGCGGGUGCGGGGGCGGGGGCGGGGCUGGGGGCGGGGGCGGCGGGCGCUGCGCGGCGCCACGCGUGCGUGCUGGCGCACGUGAAGCGGCGCCUGGCGAUGUGCGCGCGGCGGCUGGGCCGGCUGCGCGACGCGGCGCGCAUGUUCCGCGAGCUGGCGCGCGACGCGCCGCCCGCGCUGCACGCGCUGCACACGCACGAGAACCUCAUCGAGGUGCUGCUCGAGCAGCGCGCCUACGCCGACGUGCAGGCGGUGGUGGCGCGGUACGAGGAGUGUGCGUCGACGCGGUCGGCCUGCAGCGUCUACACCACCGCGCUGCUGCGCGCGCGAGCUGCUGCUGUCGCCGUGCCGCCCGCCAAGCAGCACUUCGAGCUCGCCGCGCUGGAGGCGAUGCGGCGCGCCGUGGAGUUCAACCCGCACGUGCCGGCGUACCUGCUGGAGCUGCGCGCGCUGGCGCUGCCGCCCGAGCACGUGGUGCGGCGCGGCGACAGCGAGGCGCUCGCCUACGCCUUCUGCCACCUGCAGCACUGGCGCCACGUGGACGGCGCGCUGCGGCUGCUGGCGCUCGCCGUGCAGAGCGGAGAGCGCGGGCGGCGGGGCUUGCGGGCGGGGCGCGCGGCGCGGUGCGCGGCGUGCGGCGCGUGCGGCGACCGCGAGCUGCUGGGCGGGGGCGGGGCGGGCGGGGCGAGCGGGGGCGGCGCGGCGGGGCUGUGGGCGCGGGGCGGGCGGCGCGCGGCGCUGGCGGCGGCGUGCGUGUGCGCGUGCGCGCUGCUGGCGGCGCUGGCCGCGCGCUGCCCGCGCGCCGCCGCGCUGCACCCCGCCGCGCUGCUGCGCCUGCUCACCGCCGUCUAG